CGUUCAAGUAUAGUGAUUAUGGCUACAUCGUUAGCAUAGGUAAUAAAUAAACAAUAUUCAACAGCAGUACGAUUUAUCUAUGAAUGCGACAUGCAUAGAUUUCGGCACCACAACUUCAGGGUCGUGUUACGCUGUUACUGGCAGAAUGUCUCCAAAAGAGUCGAGGGAAAGAAUCUACCCAAGCAUUAUUCAUGUUAAUGAUUGGCCAAAGCAAAACUAUUUACAAUCUAAAACACCAUCUAUCAUUGUGUGUGAUCGGAACUUCCAUCUUUUACAUUGGGGAAUGAGUGCCUUUAACUUUAUACAAUCUGGUCAAGUAAAGGAUGGCCAUCGAGUCUUUGAAAAGUUUAAAUCACAACUCCCUUCGUCCAUUGCACAAAAAGGAGCUUUCCGUCGUACUGGAAAUACUAGCCAGCUCGAACUCUUAUGUCUAAGAGCUACAAUUGAUUAUUUUAGGGAGCUUUUUGAUCAUACAGCUAGAGCUAUGGAAAAUGCAAAUAUGGUAAAGGGUUUAAAAGUUGACAAAGAAGAUAUUCGUUUUCUUAUCACUGUCCCAACACAGUGGAAUGACGUUCAAAAAUCGCUUAUGCGUUUGAUCGCUAUUGAAGCGGGGCUGAUUUCCAAAUACGAUAAUGUAAACCGUUUGAAAAUCAUCAGCGAGUCUUCAGCUGCACUCAACAAUUGUCAUCGAAAACUAUUACCCAAAAUUUUAAGUACUGAGGAUACCGAAGGUGUGAUUACGUUUGAGGGCGGGAAGUAUAUGAUUUGUGAUGCUGGUGGAGGAACGGUUAGCAUUGCUAUCUUUGAAGUGUUCAAGCAGAGAGGCCAAGAUGGUGAGGACAGUCUUCGUAGAUGUCAAAUUACCUCAGGAAUUCAAAAGAAAUGUGGAUCCGCGUAUCUGGAUCUAAAAAUGAAGGAGGUCCUGUUGGAUAUCUGCUUUGGGGCAGACAAAAAAUCUUGGGAGGAUAACGAGUCAAAAAUAAAAGAACUUGAGUCAUUAAUAACACCUCUAACAGACCAAUUUCUCAUGAAUAAGACAUAUUUUGGAUCAGCGAGCAGAGACUUUAUUCCUGAUUGCUGUCGUGAAUUUUUAAAAAACUAUGAUCCUGAAGCAAGCGACGAUGAUGAGCUAUAUUGCGGUGUUUGUGACUUUGCUAAUGGGAAUGACGCACAGUAUAUCGGUCUUGACAAUUUUGGCGGUGAUACGGUUUUUAUAAUUGAACUAGGUCGAAUAUUAAAAAAACUGAGGUUGCAAAAAGGCCCUGGUGAUAAAAUAAUUACGGAAGAAGGUGUAACAGUCGAACGUGAUAAGUAUCAUUUUGAAAUUCGACUUUCUUACAAAUUCAUGCGAGAAAAGGUUUUUGAUGAAGUUGUCGAUAAUACAAUUGACUUUUUGAAGAGGCAAAUAAAGAAAGCUAAUGGAAAUAUUACGCAUACCAAUCUAGUAGGAGGCUUUGGCGGAUCACCAUACUUGCGCAAACGUAUUCUAAACGAGCUUCCUUUCGGGCACCCAUUACACAUCGGGAGUUUAAUUACGGAUGAUCGAGGUGAUACAGCAGCAAUGCGGGGUGCCUUGAUUUAUGGUAUUGAUAGCAGUAGACAUGAGACCCAAACUGAUAUUGUACUUUAUAAAUACGAAAAUGCUGCCACAUCGAAAUACAAUGCUCUUGUUUGUUUAGAUAUCGGAUACGACGGGAUCGCGUGUUCCUAUAGAGAUUUGAGAAAUAGAGACGAUAACAUGACAGAUAUUGAAGAUUGGUAAUUAAUUGGAGUAUAACUUAUGGGGCAUAUUUAACGUGUGCAAAUAGGCCUGGUUUAGAUCGGCAUAACCCUACUAUCCCUACAGCAAAAG